ACAACAGAAGAGAGCCCACGAAAACGGAAACAAACGACGACCAAGUUUGUCUUUCUCUAGAGUCCCUGCCUAGUCUGUCAGUCCACCCUCUCUUUCUCUCCGACCUCCACAAAAGAAAGAAACCUCCAAGUUCUCACAGUCCUCUCUCUCUCUCUCUCUCUCUCUCUCUCUCUCUCUCUCUCUCUCUCUCUCCUCCCGUUUCAAAUGCUCCUCCUUCUUCCUCCUUCAAAAUCUAACCUUCAAUGAAAGAAGAUGAUGAUGACGAAGAAGUCACCACCAAUCCCGGCGCGCCACGUACUCAGGUUCAGCUGGAAGCUGGUGGUCAUCCUCUCGAUCACUCUCUGCGUCUUAGCCUUCUUCAAGCUUCACUCGCAACCUGACCUCUACUCCUCUCCUUCUUCAUUAUCUAUCGCAAGAUCUCGAGUUUCUCGCCAUGGCAACAACUUUAGCGGCCCUCCCAAGAUUGCCUUCCUUUUUCUCGCCCGCCGUAGCCUCCCCCUCGAUUUUCUCUGGGGCAGCUUCUUCGAGAAUGCUGACAUGCCGAAUUUUUCGAUUUAUAUUCACUCGGCGCCUGGUUUUUCUUUCGACGAGUCGACGACGAGAUCACAUUUCUUUUACGGCCGCCAAUUGACGAAUAGCAUUCAGGUGGGUUGGGGAGAAUCAAGUAUGAUUGAAGCAGAGAGGUUGUUGUUCACAACAGCUCUUGAGGAUCCAGCGAAUCAACGAUUUGUACUCCUCUCUGACAGUUGUGUUCCUUUGUACAACUUCAGCUACAUAUACAACUAUUUGAUGGCUUCUCCAAGGAGCUUUGUGGACAGCUUUCUUGAUGUAAAGGAGGGCCGCUACAACCCGAAAAUGUCACCUAACAUACCAAAACAAAAAUGGAGAAAAGGAUCCCAGUGGAUUGCUUUGGUUCGAAGCCAUGCUGAAGUCCUUGUGGAUGAUGAAGUUGUACUACCAGCUUUCAGGAAAUUUUGCAAGCGUCGCCCACCUCUGGAUGCCAGAAAGGGGAAGCUGAACAUUAAACUUCAGAAGCAACACAACUGUAUCCCAGAUGAACACUAUGUGCAGACACUGCUUACGAUGAGUGAGCGUGAAGACGAACUUGAGCGAAGGACAUUAACCUAUACACUGUGGAACAGCUCUGCAACUAAAACAGAGAGUAAAGGCUGGCAUCCUAUGACUUUCACCCACGCGAAUGCAGCCCCUCACAAAAUAAAGGAAAUAAAGGAGAUCAACCAUGUAUACUAUGAGACAGAAUACCGGACAGAGUGGUGUCGUGUAAAUUCGACAUAUGUUCCCUGUUUUUUAUUCGCAAGGAAAUUCUCCCAGGGGGCUGCCAUGCGCCUUCUUAGCGAGGGAGUGGUUGGUCAAUUUGAUACCUCUUCAUUAUUAGAUCCACCACCAUGAUCCUAUACUUGAGAGUUCUUGCCGCUGCUCACUAACUGUUAGCCGACGCUGAAACUAUAAUUUGAGCAAGUAAGAAGCCCACCAGAGGUUUACAGAUAUAUUAUACUCACACUCACACGAUAGAUUUUGAUACUAAAGACACUAUAAAGGUUGUAGAGAUGCAGCUGUUCAACAUGUUUCAAAGAUGAUGAGUCGUCAGUUAUCACAGAGAAGAUAGGAAAUAUCCAAUAGUAUAUGCUUGUUCCAGUCAGACUUGUUGCGUUCUAUAUAAUGUUGAAAUUGGAACGUCAUCAUCUGGUCUUCUCACGACGGAGCUCAAGACGCAUAUAACAAUUAAAAUAUUCUCUUUGUACCCUCCAGGCGAGUUGAAUAACUUGUAACUUCAGACAUUUUUGGUCUGCUUGAAAAGAUUGCAUCAUUUACUUGGGCCCGUUUUAAGAUUAUCUUUGUAUUUUUCGUUUGUCGUUGUCUUCUUACAAUUUCGAAACAUCUGUGCAAAAUUUGACCCCCUUGCGCCACUGCCUAAGCUGAAAGUGGCUCA